AUGCCUUUGCCUCUGCGCGAAAAGGGUCGGAUGGCCAAAUCCGGAAGGUCAGACGAGGAGUUCGUUCUGUUCCUCCAGGGGAUUCCGGCGCACUGCCGUUGGCAAGAGCUCAAGGACCUGGUCCGUCAGUCAGCCUUACAUAUCCGGCAGGCAGUGGUCUAUGAUGACCAGCAUGGGUUCCCAACCGGUCUGGGCCAGAUCAUCGUGAAGAACGAAGAUGAAGCGUGGCGGACAUAUCACAAACUAUCGACCAGCGGCUGGGAGGGCCAAAGUCUGGUGGUCACAUUGGCGCGAACUUGCUCACCGACUCGGCCGAUUGCCGGGCCUACGAAGAGUCCCAACAUGGCCUCGCCCAACUAUGCACCAGGAUACUCCACUCCGCCGAGGGUAGCGCAGAACAUGGCGGUGCCUCCCUCGCCAGUCUCACCCGAACCCGUCCUAUCCACGAGCCCUAACGGCUCCGCAUUUCAGACCCCCGAAUAUGCCCCCAUGAUCAAUCCCAUGGGGAUGCCUCACCAGCCUUUCAUGCCCAUCUUCACGGACCCAAUAACGCAGCAACCCAUUUCUUGCAUCCCGCCAUCGCCCGUUCCUCUCCGCCACCACACAUUCGGCGACGCCUUCGCCAUUCCCAUCUUCCCCCCAUACUCCAUCCCGACCAUGCAACCAUUCCCCGAACCACCGAUGCAUGGCGGCUUUCGAGGGCCCGGACGCAGAGCCCAAUUUCCCCGCAAGUCCAACUACGGCUACAACAGCCAGAACCCGGCCUUUGCACCGCACAAUCAGAUCUACCAGUCUGGCGGCGGCGGCGGCUGUGGCCCGGGUGGUCCUCGACCCUCCCCCCGACGAACGAUCUUCGUGCAGAACCUGAGCCCCGCCACCAGCGAGCUGAAUUUCCGCCUCUUCGUCCAGGAGUGCGGUGCCACGGUCGAGCAGUCCGAGGUGCCCGUGGACCCGGACACAGGCCGCUGCAAGGGGUUUGCGCGGCUGACGCUGCGCACAGCCGAGGAAGCCAAACGCGUCGUGGCCCUCUACAACGGUGCCUUCUUCAUGGGGGCGAAGAUCCGCGUCAAGAUCGACCGGAGCAUUCAUCUC